UAAAAAGGUGUUAAGCCAGAAGCGACAAAACAAAGUCCAACCAAAGUGGCUGUCGAUAUUCGAUUGAUUGAUACUUUUAACCAUUUCCGCUGCUUCAUCAUAUUGAGCAUUUGAUGCCAUCAUGUUUCUGAAAAGAAACACCUGUUUCAUGGUCUUUUUGUUGUGUUCUCUGACUCUGUGGUGCAAGUCGACCAGCGCAGGCUCAAGCUUUCUCAGUCCUUCACAUAAACCUCAGAACAAAGGGAGGUCAUCCAGGGUCGGCCGUCAAGUCAUGGAGGGGCCUGAUCAACCCGCUGAGGAGAACCAUAUCACAAUAAGUGCCCCCUUUGAAAUUGGCUUCACUGUGAAGGAGCAGGACUUUGAGCAGUACAGCACAGCGCUGCAGGAGAUCAUUCAGCGUCUGCUGGGAAACACAGAUCCUGCAGCAGAAUAACCAUCACGUCUUUGAAGACCAAGCACAGAAGCUAAAACUUUGCUGUCCCAAAGCCUUCCAAUUUAAGAGUGAUCACUCAGCAAUUUGUUAUAGACAUGAUGGUCUCAUUUUCUUCAAAACUUUGUGUAGUCUUCAACUCAAAUCUCUUAAAACACUGUUACUCAGACUGUGGCCAAUAAAGUAAACCAACAGUCACACUAAGACUUUAACACCUGCUGAGUUAUUAAAAGCUGAACACUGUGAGUUCAAGAUCAUCUUAGAAUCUUCAACCACAUCCCAGGAUCUUUGUUGAUCCAGUGAUGGAGCUGGUUCAGAUGUCAUUUUAUGACCUCAUUAGAAAGUUUAGCUAGUUUUAAAAUAUUUUAAGUUUAUUACAAUAUGAAGCUGAUUUACGUUGACUGACUUCAGGUAAAACUAUGGUUCUAUAAGUUAAUAUUGAACUUUCAAUCUCAAAUCUGUAAAACUCUGAUGAGAUUUCUAACAUAUAUAUAUAUAUAUAAGUAAUUAAGUCAUACUGUAGUCUGCAGCGUUGUAUGUAUGUGUCAGUAAAGGAAUCAUGAAUUGUCAUACCUGUGUAUUGACCUAAUGUCAUUCAGCAUUACAAAAACACCACAAAUCAAUUCUUUUUUUCCUCUUCAGAGACCCACAUGGUCCUAUAUAAAUAAAGCAUCAACUAAUUGUU